CUAGGACCCGCCCAUCUUACCUAUUGGCCAGCCCCUGGGUUCCAAAUUCACCAAUCGCGCGCCGGCCUGCCGUUGCCCUGGUUACCGAUGCUGUUGACUGGAAGGGGGCGGGGAACGUAUUGGUUUAAUCGCGAUACGGAGAGGAUGCUCGCGAUCUAACAUUAAAAGCAGGAAGGGAGGACUGGAAUUAUUAUCGGCACAGAGCGUUCUGAAGGGCCUUGAUAAAUAAGCAGAACAGCAGAGACAUCGCUAAAGUUCAAGGGUUGCCACAUUUUUAAGGAAACUAUCCAGGAGCUGCUGGGGGCAUGCAGAUGACACAGGGGCAGGUUGAUGAUGUUUGGGAGGUAUGACCGGGAGAGAUGUGAGAGCAUUUGCACCAGUGCAAAGAACAAAAGACGUAGAUAAAUUGAUUAUUCGGAUGAAAAAUGGAAUCGGCAGCUCCAAAUACAAACCUGUUGACUAUCAGCAGUUACGUGCAGAAACAGAAGCCAAGAAAUUAGCCUCUGCUAAUAUACAGUUUAAGAUUAUGAAAACUCAGCAUGCUGCUAAGAUCACUAAAGACCAAAUGCUAGUAAAGCAGCAUUGCCAGGUGUGGUGGAGAGAGCACAGGAGACUGACCGAGAGUAGGAGCAAAGUUGAGUCAGAGCUGCAGUCGUUCCUUGAUGAGGCCAGUCUGAAAUUACCAUUCUUAUCUGAUAUGAAUGAUCAUGAGCAGCAGUUAUCGGAGGAGAGGGAGCAAUUUAAAUCACGCACGGUGCAUCCUAUCUGGCAGCUACGGAACGACUUAAAGCAGCGGAUUUCUGAGCUGAACUACCACAUGUCCCAUCAGUCCCAAAUGCAACAUGACUUCGAUCCAGAGAGAAUCAUUGAAGAGGUUGAAUUUGUUAAAGAGCAGCAACAAGCUUUAAUUGAACAACUCUCUGAAGAACAACAAGCUUUAGAAAAGGAACUUAAGGCUUGUGAAGCUCAGGUUUUAUCUCCUUUGGAAGUUGUGCCAUGGGCUUUGACUGAAAUCCCCCAAGUUCUACAGGAGGCCGAAUGUCCCUAUGCUGAUCUAAAAUACUCACUGAUUAGGGAAUAUGAGCAGUUUACUGAGGGAUAUCUUGCUAAACUACAGGAGAGUAGCCAGCAAACAAAAGAAAUGGACAGCAACUGUAGUUGGAGUGAGGAAGAACACUGGAUUUUCCACGUCAUUAUUAACCAGCAUCCACAGGACCUUCCUAACAGAAGAUCUAUAUAUUUUGAUAUGCUGUCAAAGCAUUUACCUCACAAACCAAGACAGGAAUUGAUCAGCCAUGAAAAUCUCUAUUAUGCUCAUCGUUUCACUAAAGACCAAAGAGUGGCUUUGCUUGAAAGUUGGACUCGAUACAGGAAAGAUUUUAUACUGAAAGCCAUAAUGACCAUCACUGAAGCCUGCUCUGCAUAUGAAACUGAAAUCUUUCUGGUAAAUGACAGGAUAAAGCAACAGGAGAUAUGUACUGAACUUAAGAAAAAGGUCACGCAGUGGCGCGCACACCAAGAAGAAGCUGCAAGAUUAGAAUCUUCAAUUGCUGCCAGGGAAAGGGAACAGAGAAAACAACGAGAGAAACACGAGAGAGAAAGGGACAAGAGUCGCAGGGCAGAUGAAAAGGAAAAAAUACAAAAGUACAAGGCUGAAAAACAACAGGCGUGGGAAGAACUCCAGAAGAGAGACCUGCAGCGCCUGGAGCAGCUCAGGAAAAUAAUGGCCCAACAAGCUGAAAAAGACAAAGAAAGAGUUUUGUAUAGGCAGCAGCUGUUGGAGAAACGCCUUUUAGAAAAGAAAGAGUGGGCCUGGCUAGAGGAACAAGAAGAGGAAGAGAGGCAGAGACGGCUUGAAGCCUUGCGCCAACAGGUAGCUGUAAUUGCAGAAUUUGAUCCAGUGAGAAUGAUGAGUGACACUAAAGCCUCCAAGGCCAGGCUGGGCAUUGGGAUUGAAGAAGAAUUUUUACUCCAGAGGCCGCUCUUUCAAUUGCACACAUACAGCGAGCAACAGAUCAUAUCUGACCCCAGAAUUCGCAUUGAGAUGGCGCUCAGAGAGGCAGGACUCCAUCAGACCAUGUACGCUAAGGAAAUCUUACCACAAAUAUCACCACCCAAACCACCGAGGAAGGAUAUGGAAUCCACUGUAUUUAAAAAAUAGAUCUGUCACUGUGUUUUCUGCAGACGUCUGUCCUGCUAUAAAACCAAUACAGUGACAUUUUCAUUUAGGGUGAGAAAAAAUGUGUGUCAUAUUAAACCCUCCCAAAGUCUU